UUUCAGUGUAUCAGAGAUCUUCCGGACUAUGCAACAAAAUGGGCAAUCAGUCUGCUCGUCAACUAUCUACACAUCGAAAACAUGUAGUACAUACGUGGAAUACAAUAAACUCGCACGAUCCACAGCUUCUGAGUGAUGCCAUUAGUGAGGCUUGGCUCAAAUCCGCCGAGUUAACACCCACAUGGGUAUGGGCUCUUGUUGAUCUACCAGAGACUAUGCACGCUACCUAUAAGGAAAAUGCUCAAUUUCUCAACAUCAUCAAUCAAGUUCGUGACUUUCUCAACAUACUCAUCAAAGUUCACAAAUGUGAUCCAGAAAUGAUCAAGACGCUUUCCUUCCGUCUCGGAGCACGCCAUCGACAUUAUAUGAAUGAGGGAAAUGACAACUGCUUUUGGGCUCCGUUUGCCCAACAACUUCCGAUCGCCAUGAGCAAAAUGUACAUGCGGGUUGUCACAGAGGAUAGCAAAAUUCGGCGAAUAUUGAGAAUAAGGUCUAGGGCAGCGGAGAAAAGUGAAGAAGAAGAAGUUUGUGAGUCUUGGAGACAGUUUUCCUGCAUGUUAAUCGAAUCAAUGAAACGAGGAUAUGAGGGAUGUGCAAGUGAAAAGACACCUCUUCGGUUAAGCAUUACAAACUCGAUAAUCUCAAUGGCAUCGAUGCGUUCAUCACGUUCCCGAUCCGCCUCCCAUUUUCUCGAACCGAACAUGUCGCCGGCAAUCGCUCCAAUGUGUGCUCUUCUUGGCUCAACAGAGAGCAACUCGACGACUACAACAACUCAGCCAUCAUCUCCAAUUACUCCAUAUCGACGAAGAAGUAUGUUCCGCGCGGGUGGAGCUCUUCAAAGGAAUAGCCAAGACUUCACAGCACUACGAAACCGCCGUAUGUCUUCUCCCAACAACCCGUCAAUUCUUCUAAAUAAUUGCGACAUUCAACUGCUCAAGUUGACGUCUCAAUUGAGCCCCCUCGAAGAUCAAGUCAAACAGAAUCGAGUGCCAGGACGAGCGCAUCAGCAACGGCGAAGCAUAACACUUUUAAAUUUUGAUCAUCAUCAUCGUGCACGAUCGCCCACGACUUGAGGUUAAUGGUGCUAAUAAAUUUUUAUGAAUUAAAAAAAAAAA